AUGAAUCCUGGUCAAGAACCACAUCAAAUUCCACCCAAACCACCAGACAUAACCAAAAAUUUUGCCUCCCUUUUCAAAAAACCGUCGAACAUUGAAAAUUUCCUAAAAUUUCCUACUGCUUCAGAGAUGAACUCCGUCACUUUGGUUGAUACUUUGGGAUGUAAUUUCACAAAACCUAUGCCUCCUAAUCCUCCUUUGAAUCAAAAUCAGUCGAAUGCUCAGUUUACCUCAUCAUCGAUGUUUCCUUCGACUGUGAGAACUUCUGCGAACAAUAUGCUCCCUUCGUCUGAGCUAGGAAUUCAGGUUCCUCUUGCUUCUUCGAAUAUUCAAAACACUAAUGGAGUCAGUUUAAAACCUCAAUCUUCUCUAAAUUUCCAAGUCCAUUCAAGCUCUCAAGUCCCCUCGACCGAUCGAACUUUGCCUAACUCUCAGAUCCCUCUGUCUGGGCAAGGAACUCAGGUCCCAGUUGUCAUUUCAGGUGUUCAGAAUGAUCAUGGUGUCCAGAUUCCUCCUGCUAACAUCUCAUUUGGUUCCUUUAUUUCUGCAACUUCCUCUAAGUCUGCUAAGAGAGUUGUUUUCAACAAUGUGCACUGGUCCCCAGACGAAACUCAGGAACUUUCAAGGGGUUUUAAUCUAACCUUGAAAGGCAAGUGUGCCUAUGGUAAGCCAUCUCUGGGAGUUGUGAAGGAGUUUAUCAACUCAAGGUGGCUGUUAAAAGGGGAGUUUAUUGUAGGAGUUUUGGACCCCAGGCAUAUACUCAUUCGAUUUUCUCUCUACGAAGAUUAUGUUAAAGUUUGGCUGAAGGACACCACAUACAUUGAGGGAUUCCUA